AUGAGCUUGCUUUCGAGAAAGCCAUUUCAACGUGUGUUUAGAAAUUUAUGUGUUUUGAUGCUCACUAUCUUUUUGUUUUACGUUUCAUCGGUGGUUGUUAGCGUUGCAAACAUGCCACGUGAAACGAUUGAGCUUAUAGCGACGUUGGGUCGAUACACGAUAAAAAAUCAAAAUAUCGAAAUACUCUCCGCAUGCGUUGUGCUCUAUAAGCCUAUACUUGAACUUCUACCUGUUACCAUCGAUGCCAGCGUAGAUAUUGCCACUAAAAUUUUUUAUAGCACGAAUUAUAAAAAUGAUAAAAUCUCCCCUACGUGGUAUAUCAUUAGACGGUGGAUGAAAGAGUACUUUGACCCCGGAGGACUCAUCAARGGGAUUGAUGUCGUCUCUGCUCUACCGAUGAGAUGUAGCCGAGGCUCACCUUUCGAAUCGUACGAAGGAGGUCGUCCAGUUUUUCAAAGUCCAGAGAGACCUCAGACACCUGGCUCGACAUGUUCAAUAAUUAGCAAAUUCUGGGUAGAAGCAACAAACGAAGAAAGAAAGAAAGAAAGGGAAUUUAUUUUAAUUUUAAAUUCAAUUUGCAAUGGGGGGCCUUCUUGGUUAGUGGGGCCAUUUUUAUCUCCCUAUAGCACGGAUCAAGAGGCUGCUGAUAAAUCCAGAAAAUCAGGGCAAUCGCACUCGAUCGAUCUUCAUUUGUUCUUCCAGACGAAUGCCAUAGACGGAAAGCAACUCUUGUGGCAAUCUCCUUCAGCGCCAUGGGCUCAAAUCAUGUGGACAGCUUUGUCAAUCCAUUUGUUGCCACUAAGCGCCAAAGUUGUGUCGCUUGCUAUCAAGUUUGUAAAAUGGCUGAUUGUAGGUGCGCGUGGUGGAAAAUACCCUCUAUGCUCUUCUGUGGCCAUUGAUCUGGUUAUCAACCAUGGAUAUCCCAAAACCAAGGCGAGUAAGUUUCGCCAUCACUUACAAAGGCGUUUGUUACCAACUAUUUUGGAGGCAUGCAGAGCCAGGCCCACCAGUUGGGCGGGUCCUUUAAAAGCUUUCCGGGUUUGCUUGGGAUGGGCUAUAAAAGGAGAGCAACACGAGAAACCUCACAUGGCAAAAAUAGAGAAGCUUCUUACGGCCCUUCCACUGCUCAUGCUGCUUGUCAUUAGCAUUAGUGCCCAUGCCGGUUUCAAUGGUUUGAUAUUCCCAAAACCUCACCCGAUAGAUUAUCAGUCCCAGUACCAAAGCCAGCCAAUCCAGCCGAUGGGAGAUCAAUCUCAGGCACAGCCAACCCAGGUCAUUAAUGACUCCUUUCAAACUUACCCGAUGAAACAGGGCUACACAUCCUCAUGCUACACCACACAAACGGUCCUAGAGACACAAACAUUCUAUCAGACGAUCACAAGCACCGAAAUGGAAACGAAAACGUCGGUCGCUGUUUUCACUUCAGUUUUCUUCGAAACAUCAACAGUCUCUGUGACGGUGACGGAAACGGACACAGAGACUUCGGUUGUCCCCAUUUCAACGACCAUUGAAGUUCCAACUACCACGAUGAUACCUGUAAGCAUCCCCAUCUCCCAAACGGUUCUACUGACAGAGAGCAUCCCAGUCACCGAAACUAUCCCCAUCACGACGGCUAUUCCAAUCACGGAGAUAAUUUCUGUGAUGGCCUCCACAUGCCCCGAUGUCAGUCCGGUUUCUUCAACUGUUCCAAACGGACCUUUGGGCCCACAAGGAGGUCAAAUCUACUUGAGUGGCUCAGCUCUGCCAACGAUCCCUAUUUCGCCCCAGGAAGUACCAUAUCAACAUGCACCUACGAGCGUACCAAUGGGAGGCACGGACAUGCCAACGACGCCCAUUGACACGUUUGGCGGUCAGUUAACGAUGCCCACGAGCGCCCCAAGCGGUCAGCCGACAGUGGCGUUACCCCCGCUCACGCCGCUAGAGCUGCGGGUCGGCAUUUUUUCAAAACGAUAUGCUGACAUCACUGCAGAGGCCGAUCGUGGCAAGAUUUGUCUCCUGCAGGCCCCAAAUGGUUUGAUAUUAGUCCAACUAAAGCCUGGAACAUCGCUUUCCGGCCCUCUGUUGAUAGCGGAGGAACAGAUCCUGAAGGGAACAGAGGCCAUUCCGCUCACCGAAUCAAUUUCGUUCAAGUUGCCACCAGGAAAAUAUCGCGUUAUCGAGGUACAGGGCCAUCGUUUUGAGAGAAACAAAACCGACACGAGCAUUGAUUUUACCGAGUGUACUCAAGCUACUGGCCCUAUUGAGGACUCUCGUAAUGACCUCACAAAUGGAGAUCAGCGGAAUUAUACCGGUGAUCAAGGAAAUGCCGCGGCACAGGCGCAAAAACUUAUGUCAUCCCUGAUGUGGGAUUGUUCCAACAGGCCCUUGCAAGUUUAUCAUUUCUCGUUUAUCGUAGAUUUGGACCAGCAUGCCAUUUAUAUGGCGCCUGGGUUCAGUCUUUCUAUGGCGCUGGCUGCUGCAACUUUAGGAGAUCCUACUAUGGAUCCUGUGGUCAUCGAGGUGCAGGAGCAUGCCCGGCUAUGCGCCGCGUUUGCGUAUUUUGAAGCUUCCCAUUUUCAGGGUAAAGCGUCCAUACACGAAGCGGCAGCAAAAUUGGUCGUCCAAAUGACGCUUUCUCACAGCCUUUUUUGCGCUCCUGAUCUCGUUUUUCGAUAUUUUCUACAAAGAGAAAGUAGUUGCCCGGAUAUCCCCAUAUGGGCUCCCCUCUUCGCAUCUGUUGGCGUGAUUCUCUGGUUGGAGAAGAAUGCCAUUGAAGAGGCCCAAAUAUACCUCAGCGAGGAGAUCUCUUUUUGGAAACGCGCAUUUUUUAUCUCAUGGGAUGUUCUGGUAGCGCUUUUGCGUCUGUGCAAAAUCACUGUCGAUGAACAAUCCUCGGCUAGGGGCCGUCCAAUUUUUCCUGAAAAUGCUGUCCGUAGUCUCCUGGGAAUAAAAAUAGGCUCUGGAAGGGCACUCUCCUUACUUUCAGAGUGGAUUUCGCUGCUACUCAACAUCACCGGGGAAGCGGGAAUCUCUUCUCAUAAUUUUGAGAUCAAUGCACCUGCCUGUACCCCGGAUGCAGACUCUUCAAGUGUAUUACCAUGUGCAAGUGUCUCAAAUCUUUACACGAACCAUAAAACCUUCGAUAUUGAUCUUGGUUUUUCAGAAGAUCAUCCUGAACAGCCAUUGCGGGCACUGAUGGACGCAUUAAGGGGCGAGCGAGCGGUAAACCCCUUGACCACUUGUGGGAUGGAUGCUAUUAUACGAGCAAAGCUAGAAACAUUGGUCCAACUUUCGGAAAGCCCAAUUAACUUGGCGAAAGCGCCAUGGUUUCCCUUUUGUUUUUCUGACCAGUCGCUAUGUGCGUUAUCUUCCUCUCCGGCCUACGAUUUGCCGACGCGGUCUCUGCUUUAUCUUAUAUUAUUAAAACUGGGAAGUGUGCUCCCCAGCGUUGAGAAGGAAAUCCUUACGAUUUAUUGCAUCCAAGAGUCAAAGCGUGUCCGUUUGUUAGCCAAGUUUUUACAGGCGAACUAUAAAGGCGAUUCAUGGAUUUGGGAAAUGGUGGCUCUUGACUUUUUCCGUACGUUUGUUAGGCUUGGGAUUGUCAAGGGCACCGAUUCACCAUAUCGCAACAAAUACGCACGAAGCGUCUUUCUCAAGCUGAAGCGCAUGGAUUCAGUCUUUUUUUGCAACAGCAAUGAUAUGCCAUCGAUUCAGGGCAGUGCCACCUCUACUUUGAUUGGAGAAUGUGAAAGCAAAAAAGAUCUUCGAGAGGUAAACAGAGUUGAGCCGCAGUCCAACUUGCACACGAUUUUGUCGACCAUUGGAUACUUAGAAGACAGAGCUCAAGUUUUCCUUGCUCGUAAAUACCCAAUACAAACUAGAGCCUGUUGA